GAAGCCAUACAAGGAUUUAGUCGGGCCUAUUCAUACACUAUCUAAACAAGGAAGUGAAAUUCGGCGAUGCCCCUUUCGGGGGGCAUUCCGAUUUCGCUAGUACCAUCUUUUUUGCCGCGCAAAUCCAGAUUGAGAUUGAGGAAAGGGAGUAAAUAAAGUUUUCGAAUCACUGACUCAGGCCCAUUGUCGAAUCCUACUCAGCAAUUGUCGAAUCCUACUCAGCCAAAAAAAGGGGGUACUUAUGUAUGGCAGAACGGGCCAACCUGGUCUUUCAUAAUAAAGAGAUAGACGGAACUGCUAUGAAACGGCUUAUUAGCAGAUUAAUAGAUCAUUUCGGAAUGGGAUAUACCUCCCAUAUACUGGAUCAAAUAAAGACUCUGGGCUUCCAUCAAGCCACUACUACAUCGAUUUCUUUAGGAAUCGAGGAUCUUUUAACAAUACCCUCUAAAGGAUGGUUAGUCCAAGACGCGGAACAACAGAGUUUUCUUUUGGAGAAACACUAUUAUUAUGGAGCUGUACACGCGGUAGAAAAAUUACGCCAAUCCGUUGAGAUAUGGUAUGCUACAAGUGAAUAUUUGAAACAAGAAAUGAAUUCGAAUUUUCGAAUAACGGAUCCUUCUAAUCCAGUCUAUCUAAUGUCUUUUUCAGGAGCCAGAGGAAAUGCAUCUCAGGUACACCAAUUAGUAGGUAUGAGAGGGUUAAUGGCGGAUCCUCAAGGACAAAUGAUUGAUUUACCUAUUCAAAGCAAUUUACGCGAGGGACUUUCUUUGACAGAAUAUAUAAUUUCCUGCUACGGAGCCCGAAAAGGGGUUGUAGAUACUGCUGUACGAACAGCGGAUGCUGGCUAUCUUACACGUAGACUUGUUGAAGUAGUUCAACAUAUUAUUGUGCGUAGAAGAGAUUGUGGUACUAUCCAAGGUAUUUCUGUGAGUCCUCAAAAUGGGAUGACGGAAAAACUUUUUGUCCAAACACUAAUUGGUCGUGUAUUAGCAGACGAUAUAUAUAUUGGUUCACGAUGCAUUGCUUCUCGAAAUCAAGAUAUUGGAAUUGGAUUAGUCAAUCGAUUCAUAACUGCCUUUCGAGCACAACCGUUUCGAGCACAACCAAUAUAUAUUAGAACCCCCUUUACUUGCCGGAGCACAUCUUGGAUCUGUCAAUUAUGUUAUGGGCGGAGUCCCACUCAUGGGGAUCUGGUCGAAUUGGGGGAAGCUGUAGGUAUUAUUGCGGGUCAAUCAAUUGGGGAGCCAGGGACUCAACUAACAUUAAGAACUUUUCAUACUGGUGGAGUAUUCACAGGGGGUACUGCCGACCUUAUACGAUCCCCCUCGAAUGGAAAAAUCCAAUUCAAUGAGGAUUUGGUUCACCCCACACGUACCCGUCAUGGGCAGCCUGCUUUUCUAUGCUAUAUAGACUUGCAUGUAACUAUUCAGAGUCAGGAUAUUCUACAUAGUGUGAAUAUUCCGUUAAAAAGCUUGAUUCUAGUGCAAAAUGAUCAAUAUGUAGAAUCUGAACAAGUAAUUGCGGAGAUUCGUGCCGGAACGUCCACUUUGCAUUUUAAAGAAAAGGUACAAAAGCAUAUUUAUUCCGAAUCAGACGGGGAAAUGCACUGGAGUACUGAUGUUUACCAUGCGCCCGAAUAUCAAUAUGGUAAUCUUCGUCGAUUACCAAAAACAAGCCAUUUAUGGAUAUUGUCAGUAAGUAUGUGCAGAUCCAGUAUAGCAUCUUUUUCACUGCACAAGGAUCAAGAUCAAAUGAAUACUUAUUCUUUUUCUGUUGAUGGAAGAUAUAUCUUUGACUUCUCAAUGGCUAAUGAUCAAGUAAGCCAUAGACUGUUGGAUACUUUUGGUAAAAAAGAUAGGGAAAUUCUUGAUUAUUUAACGCCAGAUCGAAUCGUGUCCAACGGUCAUUGGAAUUGUUUCUAUCCUUCUAUUCUUCAAGAUAAUUCGGAUUUGUUGGCGAAAAAGCGAAGAAAUAGGUUUGCCGUUCCAUUACAAUAUCAUCAAGAACAAGAAAAAGAGCGAAUAUCCUGUUUGGGUAUUUCAAUGGAAAUACCCUUUAUGGGUGUUUUACGUAGAAAUACUAUUUUUGCUUAUUUUGACGAUCCACGAUACAGAAAAGAUAAAAGGGGUUCAGGAAUUGUUAAAUUUAGAUAUAGGACCCUAGAGGAAGAAUAUCGGACCCGAGAGGAAGAGUAUAGGACUCGAGAGGAAGACUCAGAAGACGAAUAUGAGAGCCCAGAGAACAAAUAUAGGACCCGAGAGGGAGAGGGCGAAUAUGAAAUCCUAGAAGACGAAUAUAGGACUCUAGAGGACGAAUAUGAAACCCUAGAAGAUGAGUAUGGGAUCCUAGAGGACGAAUAUAGGACUCUAGAGAAAGACUCAGAGGAAGAAUAUGGGAGCCUAGAGAACAAAUAUAGGACCCGAGAGGGAGAGGGCGAAUAUGAAAUCCUAGAGGAAGACUCAGAAGAAGAAUAUGGGAGCUCUGAAGAUGGCUCAGAGAAGGAAUAUGGGACUUUAGAAGAAGACUCAGAGGAAGACUCAGAGGAAGACUCAGAAGACGAAUAUGGGAGCCCGGAGGAAGAUUCUAUCUUAAAAAAAGAGGGUUUUAUUGAGCAUCGAGGAACAAAAGAAUUUAGUCUAAAAUACCAAAAAGAAGUAGAUCGGUUUUUUUUCAUUCUUCAAGAACUGCAUAUCUUGCCGAGAUCCUCAUCCCUAAAGGUACUUGACAAUAGUAUUAUUGGAGUCGAUACACAACUCACAAAAAAUACAAGAAGUCGACUAGGUGGAUUGGUCCGAGUGAAGAGAAAAAAAAGCCAUACAGAACUCAAAAUCUUUUCCGGAGAUAUUCAUUUUCCUGAAGAGGCGGAUAAGAUAUUAGGUGGCAGUUUGAUACCCCCAGAAAGAGAAAAAAAAGAUUCUAAGGAAUCAAAAAAAAGGAAAAAUUGGGUUUAUGUUCAACGGAAAAAAAUUCUCAAAAGCAAGGAAAAGUAUUUUGUUUCGGUUCGACCUGCAGUCUCAUAUGAAAUGGACGAAGGGAGAAAUUUAGCAACACUUUUCCCGCAGGAUCUCCUGCAAGAAGAGGAUAAUCUCCAACUUCGACUUGUCAAUUUUAUUUCUCAUGAAAAUAGCAAGUUAACUCAAAGAAUUUAUCACACGAAUAGUCAAUUCGUUCGAACUUGCUUAGUAGUGAAUUGGGAACAAGAAGUAAAAGAGGGGGCUCGUGCUUCUCUUGUUGAGGUAAGAACAAACGAUCUAAUUCGCGAUUUCCUAAGAAUUGAGUUAGUCAAGUCUACUAUUUCGUAUACACGAAGAAGGUAUGAUAGGACAAGUGUAGGACUGAUUCCCAAUAAUAGGUUAGAUCGCAACAAUACCAAUUCCUUUUAUUCCAAGGCGAAGAUUCAAUCACUUAGCCAACAUCAAGAAGUUAUUGGCACCUUGUUGAAUCGAAAUAAAGAAUAUCCAUCUUUGAUGAUUUUGUUGGCAUCCAACUGUUCUCGAAUUGGUUUAUUCAAGAAUUCGAAAUAUCCCAAUGCGGUAAAAGAAUCGAAUCCUAGAAUUCCUAUUCGAGAUGUUUUUGGGCUCUUAGGCGUUAUUGUACCUAGUAUAUCGAAUUUUUCUUCAUCUUACUAUUUAUUAACGCAUAAUCAGAUCUUGUUAAAAAAAUACUUGUUCCUUGACAAUUUGAAACAAACCUUCCAAGUACUUCAAGGACUUAAAUACUCUUUAAUAGACGAAAAUCAAAGGAUUUCGAAUUUUGGCAGUAACAUCAUGUUGGAGCCAUUCCAUUUGAAUUGGCACUUUCUCCAUCAUGACUCAUGGGAAGAGACAUUGGCAAUAAUUCACCUUGGACAAUUUAUUUGUGAAAAUUUAUGUCUAUUUAAAUCACACAUAAAAAAAUCUGGUCAAAUUUUCAUUGUUAAUAUGGACUCCUUUGUUCUAAGAGCAGCUAAGCCUUAUUUGGCCACUAUAGGAGCAACUGUUCAUGGUCAUUAUGGAAAAAUCCUUUACAAAGGAGAUAGGUUAGUUACGUUUAUAUAUGAAAAAUCGAGAUCCAGUGAUAUAACGCAAGGUCUUCCAAAAGUAGAACAAAUCUUCGAAGCGCGUUCAAUUGAUUCACUAUCGCCGAAUCUCGAAAGGAGAAUUGAGGAUUGGAAUGAACGUAUACCAAGAAUUCUUGGGGUUCCCUGGGGAUUCUUGAUUGGAGCUGAGCUAACCAUAGCCCAAAGUCGUAUCUCUUUGGUUAAUAAGAUCCAAAAGGUUUAUCGAUCCCAAGGGGUACAGAUCCAUAAUAGACAUAUAGAGAUUAUUAUACGCCAAGUAACAUCAAAAGUAAGGGUUUCCGAAGAUGGAAUGUCUAAUGUUUUUUUACCUGGGGAAUUAAUAGGACUAUUGCGAGCGGAACGAGCAGGGCGGGCUUUAGAUGAAUCGAUCUAUUAUCGGGCAAUCUUAUUGGGAAUAACAAGGGCUUCCCUGAAUACCCAAAGUUUCAUAUCUGAAGCAAGUUUUCAAGAAACUGCUCGAGUUUUAGCAAAAGCUGCCCUACGAGGUCGUAUUGAUUGGUUGAAAGGCCUGAAAGAAAACGUAGUUCUGGGGGGGAUUAUACCUGUUGGUACCGGAUUCCAAAAAUUUGUGCAUCGUUCCCCACAAGACAAGAACCUUUAUUUCGAAAUUAAAAAAAAAAAUCUAUUCGCGUCGGAAAUGAGAGAUAUUUUGUUUCUCCAUACAGAAUUAGUUUCUUCUGAUUCUGACGUAACAAACAAUUUCUAUGAAACAUCAGAGACCCCGUUUACCCCUAUUUAUACGAUUUAAGUAUACAUAAAGCAAUUUUUUUUUACUUAAAUUUAAACUAUACUUUUGACCUUAGAAUGCUAACAGGUCUGAUUUUCGAUUUUGUAUUUGAAUUUGAAUUGUAUUUGAAUUGUAUUUGAAUAAGUAAAAGAAGUCAGUUAAUUCAUUAAGGCUAUGUUUAUACCGUGUAUCAAUGGUCAAUUAUGAGUAGAAGGUUCCAUCGGAACAAUUAUUAUUUAUUUCAAGCUAUUUCGGCUCUUUCUUAAUCUUCAAAAAGAAAUUAAUUCCGUAAUGGUAAGACGAAAAAAGAAAAAAUAAAAAGGAAGUGUGGAAAAAAUGACAAGAAGAUAUUGGAACAUCAAUUUGAAAGAGAUGAUAGAAGCGGGAGUUCAUUUUGGUCAUGGUAUUAAGAAAUGGAAUCCCAAAAUGGCCCCUUACAUCUCGGCAAA